AUGACCGGUACGAGAACAGAGAAACCUAACACACAGGACUAUGUUGCCGGAAGGGACGUGAUGUUUGACUAUCAAACUGCAUUGUCUCAUACCAACGGAUAUGAGAACAAGUCUAGACACAAGAACAAAUCGCACAGAACGAAGAAGGUAAGACACGAAACGCCACCCGUUAGCGUAGAUAUUAAUGACCCAGAUGCAGAUUAUCCUGUAUCUCGAGUCAUUAAGCAGACAGAGAAUGGAGAGGUGGUAGUAAGUGAAUAUCAAAGUGCAGAUCCGUACAACUUUUGGGGUGCUUUGACCAUAAAUUCCGAAGAACACGAGGGACUGAAAGAAUUUUGGAAUUCUAUGACACCAGAUCAGAGGAAAUCUCUUGUAAGCAUCGAUAAAGAGGAGUUAUUAAGCUCCCUGAAGUAUAUUGAAUGUGGGGCAUGUCGAUGUCAAGCUUGUGGUGACAAGAAGGCUCUUGAACAAGAUCUCAUUGAGCUAUACGAUAGCUACUACGCCCACAUUGGUGAGCAUGAAAUUAAAACCUUGGAACCAUUUUUUUCAAAUGAUUUGGAGUCUUUCAAGAGUAUGCUGGGUGACUAUGAGUGUUUGGAUACUGAAGUGGACCUUGACUCUGAAGAAUAUGAAUCUGAUGAGCGGGAUUAUGAGCACGAACAUCAUACAAUUUGUGAGCCAUUAGCUCAAGACCUUCCUACUGACAAUACAGACAACAUACAGGAUGGUCAAAUAGAAGUAAAAAUGCCUACGUCGAAUCAGCUUUCAACAAUUGCCGAUGAUAUACUUAAUCAUGAUGGGCGUUCUUUUAUCACGAUGAUGGAAAGGCUAGCCAUAAAUAUGAACAGGCUUGAGGAUUGCAAUAAUAAAAAUAGUAGCACAAGCAACAUCAGCGACAACAUUUCCACAGCCCCAACCAACAGCAUUAAUAUCCAAGCAGACUCAGAUGUUCAAAAAAGCGUUUCCAAGAUAGAGGAUGUUUUCCGAACGAAUAUUGGUGUAUUCAAUCCUACAUUUCUGAAGAACGCUUUGAUCAAGUACGCUGAACGUACUGAUGCAGAUUGGACCAAGACUCCCAACACACCAGGUGAAACUGAGGCCUGGCUCAAUGGGAUAGCUGACUCACUAGCAUUAAAAGGGCGAGACAGACAAGAAUUUAUAGCCACUCCGAAGAAGCUAAUGCAAUUGAAAGAUGAAUGGAAACGGACUGAGGAUGAACAAGGCGAAGACGAACAUGUGUGGACUGACGAGCAAUCAAAGUUGUUCCUAGAACGAGUCGAGAAUGCCAUAAAUACAGUAUCUUCAGAAGAGCAAGAAUACCAAGAAGUAGAGGAGGUGAACCAAGAUUUUGAGGAUGAAAUCUACGAAGAUGAAGAUGAAGACGAAGAAGACCAGGAAAUUUUGGAAAAGGAGUAUCUUGACAAGAAGAGACUUCAACAAGCUUUCCGAAUGUUGCAAGUGAUGACUACACAAAUAGUAAAGGAAAGGUUUGUCACUGCAUACCGAGAGAAAGUUGCCGAAGAUACCAGAAAUCAAUUGCUUGCCGAACUAGAAAUGGAAGAAGCUCUUCAGAAGGAAAAAGAAAAAGAAGAGAAAAGACGGAAAGAAGAACUUCUAGAAAAGAAACGGCUAGAAGAGAUUGCAAAGGAACAGGAGCGCCGAAGAAAGGAGGCAGAGAAAUUGGAAGAGGAACGAAAACGAGAAGAAGAACAGAGACGAAGAACGGAGGAAGGAAUUCGUAGGAAAGAAGAACAACGUCGAAAGAAGGAAGAAGAGAGGCGGAAAGUUCUGGAAGAGAAACGUCGCAAGGAACAAGAGUUGAAGAGACUAGAAGAGGAACGGCUAGAGAAGGAGAGACUUGAAAAUGAACGUGUAGAAAAAGAGAAACUCGAAGCUCAAAGAUUGGAGGAAGAAAAGCAACGACUUCAGCAACGAAGUUCAGCACAACAAGGAAAUGUUCCAAAUUCAAGACAAGGCCCGACCGGUUAUCAACAGCAAUAUCAAUCUUUAGUCCCGCCAAAAACUUCACAGCCUGUAGAAGAAAAUUCAUUCGAAGAGGUCAAUGCCCUUUUAAGGAAGGCUGAGUCUUCUUUACGAGAUGAAAAUAGCAAUAUAAGCAACACACCAGUAUAUGGAGCACCAGCUAACAACUUCUUCAAUCAGAAUAAGCAUUAUCCUUCUGAAAUUUCAGGUGCUCAGAUGCCAGCACAUUUUAGUGGCUGGGGAAGUGAUCCUAACGGGUUUGCAUCUCCUUCGAGCCCUGGCAAUGUGUUUUUACCGGGAAGAACCAGUCAAUCAGGAUUCAAUGCUGGCUAUAAUGGAGGAUUUUUCGAGCAGAAUAGACCAGACGCCAAUCCAGCAGGCGCUGCACACAUUUCUGGGGCAACUCUUUUUGGGGGGAACAACUCUAUUUGGAGUUACCCAGGGUCUGUUGGUAGUAUUUGGAGUGCUCAACUUGGAGUGAAUGAUUACGAGAGGAUUCAGUUGGCGACAUUUCAAGCCAUAAAGAACUUCAAGGACGACUCUGGCGAGUACAAUCUACAAGGUUUAUUUAAUUUCAGCAAACCGGCCUUGACUAUGUACCCAACGUUGACAUUGGAUCAGUUUGUGGUAGCUCUUCAACAUGAUCUGCGAGGCAUAUUACCUUUCCGAUUUGAAAUUCUCUAUGAGCUUGGGCUUGCAAGUCGUGUCAGAUUUAUGCCCAGCUGGCCAAAGACUGACCAGAUGAGAUGA